AUGCCUGUACGACAUCUAUCACGCACCAAUGUGGCAAAACAGCUACUGCUCAGGGCAAAUAAAAGCCCCGAGUCUUUAUUUAUUACAAGAACCACCACCCUCCUUUCUCAACCACGCCCUGUAACACUACCACAACCGUUCAAUGCCUACCGCAACUUCUCCCAAAGCCCUCUUCUAUUGAAAAAGAAGACUAAGGCCGACAGAGAAAAUGCCGAAGAGAAAGCCGAGACGGGCAAGCAAGGUGCAGCGGAUGACCCAUUCGAUUUCACUGCCCUGGAGGCAGGAAUUGACAAGGCUCUCGACAAGCUCAAGAAUGAUCUCAAGAAGCUGCGGACGGGAGGCAGGUUUAACCCGGAGGUCUUGGAGAAUCUAAGGGUGCCUUUACAGAAGGAUAGUAAGAAACUUGAGCGGCUGGGGGACUUGGCGCAGGUAUUGCCUAAGGGUGGGAGGAGCUUGAUGGUUUUGGUGGGCGAGAAGGAUCAUGUCCAUGCUGUCAUGUCUGCCAUUCAAGGCUCAAGCGAUCUAAAUCUCCAACCAAUGUUAGACGCGAAGAACCCGAAUCAGCUUAAUGUUCCUAUUCCGCCGCCCACUAAGGAGUCGAGAGAUCAGGCCCUGGCGGCUGCGAGCAAGACUGGCGAAACGGCGAAGACCGCUAUUCAGGCUGCGCGAGGUGUGCAGCAGAAGCGCUUGAGAGCUAUGGAGCUGAACAAAACGGCCCGGCCUGAUGAUUUGAGAAAGGCACAUAAGGAUAUGGAGAAGGUUAUGGAGAGGGGGGCUACUGAGGUGAAGAAGUAUGUAGAGGAAGCACGGAAGGCUAUGAUGCAGACUUGA